UAUGAUAUACAGAUGGCGCCCGUUUCUAUAUCGAAUGACAGGCGCCGAAGAAGUGUCACCUCCUCUAGAGUGCUUCUGCACACUUUCUUUCUAUUUAUAAUGAAAGUCUGAUGAAUAUCUAGAAGUCUAGAUAAAACUAAAAUAAAUUACAUAGGAUUUAUAAAUUGGAAAAUAAUCCAGCCAAUGUCUAUGUCAACCUCCACCAUUGACCUCAACCCAAUGCACCCAUGCACAGACCCAAUGUCAACCACAGCCACAGGUGUCAUCCUAGUUGCAACUGCAAAGGAAUUAAUUUAAGUACCUAGUUACCUACUUCUGUAGGUACCUACCUACCUAUUUUAUAACAUCAAUCAUCAUUGAAGACAUUGAAAAUGUCAGAAGCAAGAGUUAUGAAAAUAGAACUAUACAAUGCAAUAGUAGAAGAUUUCAACAGUUUAACAUCAUAUAACCGUAAAUCAGAAAAUGAGUUAAGAAAGAAAUAUAAACAGUUGCCUUCAACUACAAUAGGCAGUAUUAUUUCAUUACUAGUACAAAGGUCAAUGAAACAAAAUUACAGAAAAUCUCCAGUAAUAUCCAGCAAAUAUCAUGAUUUAUAUGAAGAACUAAUGAAAGAUAAAAAUAAAGAAAAUGUUAUUUUAAAGUUAUCAGAAAGUCAAGGUAUCAGCCCUGCAUUGUUUGCUAGAUCCCUGUUGCAAAAUGUGUGCUCUGAUUCUACUAUGGCAAAGAAAUGUAUUAAGGAUACAACUUUAAUUGAGGAUAAAGACCUAGCUUAUCAAACCUUUUUGGCAAUAAUGAAUGACAAUCAAUAUGGUCCUUAUGCAGAUACUAUUAAACAAUCUAUUGGUUUGGAAUAUGAGUUGCGAUUAGAGAGGGAGUUGCGGUUGAUGAACAUUACAUUUUCUGAUGAAAAUGUACUAAGAUCUAGAGGAUAUGACAAAACUCCUGAUUUUAAGUUGGAUGUACCUAUAGCUGUGGAUGGAUUUAUUGUGAACUGGGUGGAGAGCAAAGCAUUAUUUGGUGACGAAGAAAAUCAUUCAGGAUAUCUUAAAGAGCAGCUUUCAUGUUAUUGGAACAGAUUUGGCCCUGGUUUAGUUAUAUAUUGGUUUGGCUACCUAGAAACAUUAAAUUCAACGCCAGAAGUUAACAACAUGUUCAUACUUAGGACUAAUUUCCCCAGUAAAAUGAGUAUUACGCAAUACAAAAUAGAUUAAAAUGUUGGGAUAAAAUACAUUUAGAUCAUAUUUA